AUGUCGUACAUUGGACAAAACAAGGAGGACGUUGCCUGGGAGGAGACAAAGAACAUUGCAAGGCUCUUUGCAGAGGAUACAGGUGCUCCGGACUCGAGCCUCUCUUCCAGUGUCGGAAUUCUUCCAAGUUGUGGUUAUACCCAGCUUGAUACGCAUCUUCACGCCAUUGUUUUCCGGGUACCUCCAGAGGCUGGACCACCGCGUACCUUGCGGAACUUGCUCGUCGAACGUAAUGUGAAGCAUUCCUUACACGAUCGAGUCCAGUUCGCCAUCAAGCUCGCAACCUCUGUCCUUGUUGUCCAUUCCUUAGGGCUGGUCCACAAAUCCAUUCGGCCGGAUUCGAUACUCGUCAUAGAAAAUGCUGCAGGAAGCGUAACAAACCUAUAUCCACACAAACUCGGAAUACCGUAUCUUCUUGCAUUUGAUUCGUCAAGAUCUAGCAGAGGACCUACAAUGAGGGAGCGUUACGCUUUUCCAAAUGGUGCAAUCUGGGGCACAUUAUACAAGCAUCCACGCCACCUCGGGUUUCGUCAGUAUGAUUACGAAAUGCGCGACGACAUAUUCAGCCUUGGUGUCUGCCUGCUUGAAAUCGCCUUGUGGGACUCGUUAUUCGUAUGGAAUUCAAAUGAAGGGGGUUUUGUGGAAAGAAAAGAAGCUGUCGAUUUAUCGGAAGACAGAUGCAGGGAGGAGAUCGCGAAACAAGGGAGACCGAAGAACAGUAACAAGACUUUGUUUCGAAAGUACCUCUUGAAAGAGGCUGCGAAAGAGAAGAUACCACCAAUCCUUGGAGAUCUCUUCCGGGAUGUCGUGGUGGCUUGCUUAACAUUUGGAGACCCAUUCGAAGUCACGAAGGAUAAUGCGUUCCAGUCACUGAUCGAAGCCGAGUCUGAUCUUCCUCCCGACGAACAGAGCAUACACUUUGUUCGGACGAUCUUGGGAAAGCUGCGCAGCAUCAAAUUAGCAUAG